AUGGCGACCCUCAAACCUCCAACAAAUACCCACCGCUCCUCAUCUUCCUCCCACAGCUCCGGCCCACCAAAAGCCCCCUUAAAAGCCGAUCCGACAGCCACAAUCGCCGACACCGUCGUCUUCCAAGGCCGACACGUCGUCACCAUCGGCGCAGGGACAGUCAUCCACCCGCGCGCGAAAUUCUACGCAUACGAGGGCCCAAUUAUCGUCGGCGACGGCUGUAUAAUUUGCGAGAAAGCGGUCAUCGGCGCUCCGCCAACUUCAUCUCGCUCACCGUCGCCGUCCAGACCAACAAGCACAUCUACGAGCACAUCCAUCGAGUCUGGGGCAUCGACGCCAGAGCCUAAGAAGGAGAUAUCGACGCGGAUCUCAUACUUUGUUACUGUUGGUCCGUUGGUGACGGUCGAACCCGGCGCUAAUAUUCAUUCUUCUGCUACAAUCGAGGCAUUGGCGACGAUUCGCCGGGACGCGGAUAUUGGUUCACACUCGAAGGUGUGCUCCGGGUGUGAAAUUGCCGCUGGCGGAUCUGUUGCUGAGUGGGUCGUUGUCUACGGGCAGGGCCCGGGAAUGCGGAGGAAGAGAGCUCGAGGCGUGAAGGGGAUGAGUCCGGCUGUUGUGAGUGCGGCGCAGGUCGCGCAGACGCCUCUUCCUGGACCUGCGCCGGCGGGUAAGGUUAUUGAGGAUGCUAGGUUGAUGGUUCUACAGAAGGAGAGGGAGGUUCUCGGGAGGAUGCUUGUUCCUGCAGCUGGAGGGAGGAAGAAGUGA